AUGGUGACUACUACUACUACUACUACUACUACUACUACUACUACUACUACUACUACUACUACUACUACUACUACUACUACUACUACUACUACUACUACUACUACUACUACUACUACUACUACUACUACUACUACUACUACUACUACUACUACUACUACUACUACUACUACUACUACUACUACUACUACUACUACUACUACUACUACUACUACUACUACUACUACUACUACUACUACUACUACUACUACUACUACUACUACUACUACUACUACUACUACUACUACUACUACUACUACUACUACUACUACUACUACUACUACUACUACUACUACUACUACUACUACUACUACUACUACUACUACUACUACUACUACUACUACUACUACUACUACUACUACUACUACUACUACUACUACUACUACUACUACUACUACUACUACUACUACUACUACUACUACUACUACUACUACUACUACUACUACUACUACUACUACUACUACUACUACUACUACUACUACUACUACUACUACUACUACUACUACUACUACUACUACUACUACUACUACUACUACUACUACUACUACUACUACUACUACUACUACUACUACUACUACUACUACUACUACUACUACUACUACUACUACUACUACUACUACUACUACUACUACUACUACUACUACUACUACUACUACUACUACUACUACUACUACUACUACUACUACUACUACUACUACUACUACUACUACUACUACUACUACUACUACUACUACUACUACUACUACUACUACUACUACUACUACUACUACUACUACUACUACUACUACUACUACUACUACUACUACUACUACUACUACUACUACUACUACUACUACUACUACUACUACUACUACUACUACUACUACUACUACUACUACUACUACUACUACUACUACUACUACUACUACUACUACUACUACUACUACUACUACUACUACUACUACUACUACUACUACUACUACUACUACUACGGUCACAUCCUUAACUCGAACCAUCUGA